GCCGAUCGGAGGAAAGCAUGAAAACAGUGCUACUCGAGCAUCGGUACGGAACGGAUUAAAGUGAGGAUCCCGGCCUUUAUUGGCGACGUGGUUGUAGUCUACUGGAAAUAGAAGUCUAACCAUCGUGCAACUGUUUGUCUUUUUCAACAAUAACCGUUAGUGUUUAGAGCGGUAUUACAGGGACACAAAAGUCCUGGCUAAAUUUGCGGACCAAAUUUUCGCUUCACGUCCAGAGCGGUGUUUUUAGUAAUUUUCCAACAUGUGCAGAAUAAAAUCAUCGACCCAGCGCUCGAAGGUCAUACGUUUAUCGGUACCUGCGAACCGACGAUGAGAUAGAAGACGGUUGCGCUGUCCGUUUACAUUCCACUGGGCUGUGAGUGAUAUGUACAUGGCAAAAGUUCGAUGAAUCCGGAUUUGCUUAGUUAUAAAGUUAGAAAAAAGUGAUCGAUUAAGUGUCAACUGAAAAGAUUGUUUCGAAAAGAACUCUCCGGGAAAAAUAACCUCAUUAAUUCUUGGCAGACAAACAACACCCUCAACGCUGCAUCCCAAGUACAAAGUAGCAAAUAAAACAAAAGUAGUGCCCCUCGUCUUCUGUGCGGAUCAAAGUGUCGUAUCAGCAACGCACUCAACGUGAUCUCUCGUAACCGUGUGUAUUGCAAAAACUGGAAGUGGUGCGUGAAAUUGUGUCUUCUGGUCGGAGCCGUUCUAGUCACCGCAUCACGUCCUGUUGUCGCCGCCGUAGCCGUGUUUGUCCUCGAACCUUCAUUCGAGACUCGGGUCGGAAACAUUAGCAAACUAACAUGGCACUAGACUUUACCAAACGGCAAUGGCUCACGCUGAUGAUCAUGGGACUGGCGGACUUUUGUAAUGCUAUUUGCGUCAGCCUGCAGGCUCCAUUUUUCCCCAACGAGGCAGAGAAAAAGGGUGCCACAGCCACCGAAUACGGGCUCGUAUUUGGCGUUUUCGAGUUAGUUGUGUUCAUCAUCUCCCCAAUUUACGGCCAGUAUAUCAACCGGAUUGGACCGAAAGUAUUAUUCAACAGUGGAAUUUUCACCACCGGCACGUCAGCCAUUCUGUUCGGUCUUUUGGACCGAAUUCCGAGUCACAUCCCGUUCAUCACACUAGCUUUCGUGAUCCGUAUCGUGGAAGCCCUGGGCAAUGCGGCCUUCCUUACGGCUUCCUUCGCCAUCAUCGCCAAGGAGUUCCCGAACAAUGUGGCAACGACCUUCGCGUCACUGGAGACAUGCUUCGGACUAGGACUGAUAGUCGGUCCAAUGGUAGGAGGUGCCCUGUACUCUGUGGGUGGCUACUACUUACCGUUUGUAGUCCUCGGUUCGGCCCUGUUCGUUACAGCGAUUCUUACGCUGUGCAUUCUUCCCAAACACACGAACGAACCCUACCAGGACAGUGGAAAGAACGCUUCCAUGUGGAGUGUACUCAAAAUCCCCGGUGUGUUGGUCAGCUCGUUAGCGAUAUGCGCCACUAGUGCAUCGAUUGGGUUCCUCAGCGCAACGCUGGAACCUCACUUACGACAAUUUGAUUUAAGUCCUAUCCUAUUGGGAGUUGUGUUUGUAAUUAACGGAGGCAUUUAUGCCCUGACGGCACCAGCCUUCGGAUGGAUGGUUGAUAAGUUCCUGAAUCCUAAAAUAUGUUCCGCAGCGGGAUGUUUCCUGGUGGUAGGGGCCUUUAUGACAAUAGGGCCAGCUUCGUUCAUUCCUUCGGAAACGUCGCUGACGCUCGUUAUUUCUGGACUUGUACUGCAUGGACUAGGAAUAGCGUCUGUGCUGGUGUCAGGAUUCACUGACUCCCUGAGGACGGCAAUUGCCAACGGCCUACCAGACAGCAUAGAAACGUACGGUCUCAUUUCUGGCCUAUGGACAUCGACGUUCGCCUUUGGGGCCUUUGUCGGCCCGUCGGUAAGCGGACUGCUAUUCGACGCCAUAGGAUUCCGUGGUUCGACCGUGUUCAUCGUUGGACUUCAGCUGAUCGUGGGCAGCAUCAUUCUGCUGUUCAUCAUGUGCGAUCGUACGCCACGGCCGUACAAGAAUCUCUCGGUGGAAUCGCUCAUCAAAAUCCAGGACGGCCAGCCACCGGACAAUGCUAUGGCGAGCCGCAGCAGCAGCCUGGACAUCAAUGCCCGAGGAUCUAAAGCAGGUUUCCUGGGUAGUCAGCAUUCGAUCAGCAUCGAGUCAUGGCGAAUGUCUGCCAACAGUUUGAUCCUCAGCAACAGUUACAGUAGCAAACAAGGUCGGUGGGCGCGUUCUGUUACAGAACUUGAAUCCAAUAACGCAGCUCACUAUGGCCCUCGUUAUGGCAGUUUCGAUGCCCGACCUGCAUAUCAGGAUACAAUGGCGUAGGAAACCCACCCCCGUUGUUCGCUCAACUAUAGAUGUACAUAUAUGUAAACUAAUUGCUCUAAGAGUUCGUGUAAUUUUUGCAACGGAUUCUUGAGGAAAAUAUUAAAAACAAAGAAACAAAAGUUUCCGGUCCAACGUAAACACUGCCCCAAUUUAUUGGAAUACCGAGCAGUUAGUGAACACGUGACCGCUGUCGAAAAUACGUGCGAUCUUUUUCGGGCACAGAACGCAGCAUCAUCUUAGAUUACUUCGUUGUCGAAACCGUAAAGCUACCUACACCCUCGCUGCUCCCACAAACGAUUCCACCAUUUUCAUCACCGCAUACGAGAAUAAUUGAACGAAACAAAUACGAGUGUUCUCUAUUUAGUGUACGCGAAGCAGUCCUCAUGACAGGCAAGCGCCCGCCAUAUUUGUAAUUACGAGAUUAAGUCAAGAAAAACGAAAAAAAUACAGCAAAGCACCCCGAUAUGAUAGCAUUCUCGGUGCAGCAAACAAAAAACAGGAACAGAUAACGCGCCACACAAUGGGCUGAUAGCAAAAAGGCAUAAUAAAGUUCGUUAUUUAUAAUGAAAGUAACUCGUUUCAUGUUUCAUUCAACGAAAUCUUCGAGACCUUAAGGGCAGCCAGCGGAUCAGCUGUAGAUUUUUUUGUGCUGAAUAAGUAAAGAUCUUUAGCGCACCAAAUGACCUGGAUAUAUGAAAAUAUUAUUCGACCAUUUUUCAUUGGAACGAAGCUUUGCACACGUAUUUGACUUAGCAAACUGAGUAUUUUUCACAGAUGAAGAAAUUUUUUAGACUCGAGAGUAAUUUUUAAAUGGGCAUAUAUAUUUGGCGUGAAUUUAAUUCAAAUUUAAUUGUAACUCAGAAACCGCUGGUUUUAU